AUGCCUAUUACAACACGUGCCGCUGCACUUCUGCGUCAUGCAGCUGGUGAGACAAAAUACUCAGUUAGGCAAACAAGAGCUGUAGAACAAAGUAUUCCAGAACAACAACUUCAUGAACAACAAACUAAGUCAUUGAUGUCAGUCGAAUACGAUCGCUACCAUGAUAGUAAGCAUUCGAUCAGUGAUACUCAUUUAUCUAUUGCAGAUUUAUUUGCUCCGCCUUCAUUGGCGGUAACAAAAACAUACGAGGUUAAAACAUCUGAACAAUCCAACCAACAACCAGCGCCACAUCAUACUCAAUCUUGUCGUUCAAUGUCUCCUACUUCUCCAUCGUGUAGUGUGCCGAUAGCAUUACUUGUUUCAGGAACGUCAUCAUCCGAUGAAAAUCAAAAUGAUUCGUCUUUUGGUGAUGGUAAUGCUAUGUUAAAUGUACCCAUUGCCGAUGGAUAUAUUACAACGGGUACAUCAGAGCGUGGUGGAAGAAUGAUAUUUCUCAAUGGAUACAGCUAUUUAUACAUGAGUGAAUCAAAAGCAACUUUUGCUUGGCGAUGUUCAAAAAGAACUGAACAUUGCAAAGCAGUGAUCCAUACAUCGAAAGUAACUAGUAAAUUCAGUCAUUGGAAUGGGCAAAGUCAUAUUCAUAUUGUUGAUCAAACCGAAAUACGAAAACGUUCAAUUUUGACAAAAAUCAAAGCCCGUGUUGUUGAUAAAUACAUUUCCGUCACAGUCAUUGUUGAAGAUGAGUAUAGAAAAGCACAAUUAUCGUACGAAGAAAAGAGAGCAAUGCCUCUUCCGUUGUCAUUAGCAUCCGGUUUACAAAAAUUGCGCCGAAACGCAUUACCCCCAUUGCCAUCGGAUCAACGAUUUGUAAUUCCACCGGCAUAUCAAACGACAUAUGAUAGUGAACUGUUCUUGAUUUAUGAUAAGAGAAAAAGUGCCUAUGGUGGACGUCUUUUAAUCUUUGGAUCUGAAGAGCAAUUAAAUGUUCUCUUUGCAGAUGGGACAUUCAAAGUAUGUCCAAAACUAUUUGAACAAUUAUAUGUUAUUAUCGGCUUAAAGAAUGGCGAAGCAGCGUCGCCUCACUCAAAAGAAUUGAAAUGUUUCCUAUCAUAUUUUAAAAGCGAAUGGCUGAAUACAUUUCAACCAUCGACAUGGUCUGUUGGUGAGAGUACAUGGAGAACCAACAACUACGCUGAAGCUCAAAAUCAUCGUCUUUAUACACGUGUUAUUCAACCACACCCAAAUUUAUGGCGUUUUUUACAAUGUUUAAAGCAAGAGGAGAGUGUGAUAUCUCACAGAAUGGUUCAGACAGGAUUAGGGUUCUCAGCAGCAAAAGCACACAAAUCAACACGUGCAGCUGCUCGUAAAAGUAAACAGAUCGUCAAACUUCUAAAUUUGUUGGCUUUAAACCAAAGAUCGCUGGUUGAAACAAUAUCAUCAUUCGCUUAUAUUGUUGGAGGUCCUGUUGGCAGAAAGAUCCUUAAUCCAGACAAGCUCCGAUCGAAAGCUUUGCAAAACGGACAACCAACAUCAACUUCAAUCAAUAUACGAAGGCUUAUCGAUAGGAUUCUAACUCAUUAUUCAUCCGAUUUUGUUGUAUUUCGAGAGCUCAUUCAAAAUGCGGAUGAUGCAGGUGCUACAUCAUUUCAUUUGGAAAUAAAAUGCGAUGCAUCAUCUGCAUCUUCAGCAGAGACGCACUUUAACAAUUGUACGAUCACUGAAAUUCGUGCGAUUAACAAUGGCCAUGUAUUUUCUACGGCUGAUUGGCAACGUGUUGCCACCAUUGCCGAUGGAAAUAUAGAUCCAGAAUCGGUUGGCCAAUUUGGCGUUGGAUUUUUCUCCGUAUUUUCAUAUGCCGAAGAACCAAUCAUUGUAUCAGGAAAAGAGUACAUGAUAUUUAUUUGGCAAGAUAAUAAAUUUUUACAAACAUUACGCCAUAAGCUACUUGUAGAACAACAAACCAAAACAACUUCGAUUAUUCUAAAAAUGCGAGAUAAAUAUAUUUUACGAAUUGAAUCAAUCCUAGAUAAUAGUAGAAUAACGAAUGAAGAUGUACCAAUAAUCAACUUGACUCAACUCAAAGCUUAUUUUGCUAAAGGCAAGAAAGUACUAUGA